AAUAGCAAAUAUGGCAUUUCGUUCCUUUCUUCAACUUAACAACUUUUCUGAAACAGAAAUUGUGCAGAUUGAAGCAAAUAACAAAUUCUAAUGUUUCAGACACUUUAUCAAAGCACAGCUGGAAUGUAAUCAUAUUUUCAUUUGUAAACAAUGGGCAUGGGACGGUAUCAGAUUCUGAUGGUACGAUUCCCUUGAGCAAAAAUACUACUGUAUCAUGGUAUUUAAAUUACAGCUCCAAAAUCAAUUAUUUUGAAAAAAUUAUGGUCAAUAAAAACAACUUUUUCCUAUUAAACACUGUUUUAUUUUUAACACAUUCAGUGCCACUGUCUGCUUUAGAAGUCAAAUAUCCAUGUUAACUGGGAGGGCUGGCACUGAAACAUAAUUUAAAAUGCUAGUGCUAGCACUAACGGUUGUACGUAAACGUGGCGCCGUUCUUUCAAAUCAUGCUCUAAAGCUUCGGUAAACAUUGGUUUGCGCGCGUGAAUAAAUGUUGACAACAGCAAGUACGGGAGGUGAUGCGGCAGUCACAAUACGCAAUCCCAUUGGUCGACGUCAAGGUGCGCUGUCGGAGAGUUGUGGUCGAUAUGUCGCACGACACGGAAGAUAUAAAAAAAUAAAAAAUAAUCAAACAUGUUAUACUUUUCAUUUUGGUGUCAUAAGGCCAAGUCGGGCCAAUAUCGGGACUAAAGUCCUGUAGUCCGAACCAGACAUUGUUGAAACCUUGACUUUUCAACACGGUCAGAGAUGCAAAAGUUUUUUUUCCUAAUACAGGUCAGAGAUGCAAAAGUUUUGUUCAGCAGACUAGAAGAAAAAGAUCUCCUGAAGAACACUGAAUUUAUUGCUCAGUUACUGCACACAAUCCGACGCAUUGAUCUCGUCAGCCUCUUCGAGACGAACAGACAGGGCGUGGAGGAAACUGAUGCAAAUCCUAUGCUGUCAAAUUACAGGGUGCUGCUGUACACUAUAUAUGAUGAAACCACUAAAGACAAUCUAGAAAAGAUGAAGUUUCUCCUGAGCAACAAGAUUGGCAGGAGACAAAUGGAUGACUGCAAUACUGUGCUGGAUGUGUUCGUUGAAUUGGAAAAAGUGGGUUUACUGUCUCAAUCAAAUCUACGCGAGCUGCAUUCAAUACUGGAGGAAGUGGAUCUACAAUUGGCAUCGACUGUCCAGCAAUAUAUAAGAACACUUCCGCAGCCAGCGAGACGACCUCCCCCUCGUCUCAUCAUGGAUUUCCGGCAUGUCAACAACUCACAUCAUUUGUCCACAUCUGAGACUCCACCCACCCUUGAAGGUGGCCAAUUUUCCUUGGAUGCAAGAACAAACACUCCGCCUACAUCGCUUUCUGAUCAGAUGGAGUACUACCCAAUGAAUCACAUCCCUUGUGGUCUGUGUGUGAUCAUCAACAAUGAGGAAUUUUUGGGAAGGCGGCUGAAUAAAAGAGGUGGCACUCGAGAGGAUGAGAAGGCGCUUGAGUCAUUGUUCUCCAGAUUUGGCUUCAGUGUGAUUGUCCACAGCAACUUGACUGCAGAAGAGAUAAGAGAGAAACUACGUAUCAUUGCUUCAAGAAAUUUUUCAGAGGAGGAUGCUCUGGUCGUGUGUGUGCUUUCCCACGGGGAACAUGGUUGUGUCUAUGGGACUGAUGAGGAAAAGGUGUCCCUACGAGAACUGACACAGCCCUUUACGAGUGGAUUAGCCCGUACGUUGGCAGGGAAACCCAAACUGUUUUUCAUCCAAGCAUGUCAGGGAGGAGGUUAUCAGACCGGAACCUUGCCAUCCCCCCCAAACCCGAGAGAGGGGGAUGAAGACAGACGGAGUCACUUUGAAGCGGACGCGGGUCCCAUCCACGCCGAGACGGUGCCCUCAGAUGCCGACUUCCUGCUCGGCAUGGCCACUGUACCAGAAUGCAAGUCAUUUCGAAACAAGUACACGGGCUCCAUCUACAUCCAAGAGCUGUGCAGGCAGCUUCGACGAUCCGCUGAGAGUUCACGCGAGGAAGACAUUCUCUCUACCCUGACACGUGUGAACAGGGAGGUCAGCAAAGGCGUGUACCUCAACUACAAGCAAAUGCCUGAGCCCAAAUACACCCUCACCAAGACACUUAUCCUAAAGUUUGUUGAUAAGGACCAAGUGCAACUCUCCUAAUGUGCCAUAUUGCCUCAUGUGAAGACUGGAUUCUAUGUAUCACCGUGAUCUUAUAUGAUAUGAUGUGUAAUGAUGCUGAUGUGUACAAACAAAUUAGAACAACUGCUUUGAACUCCCAAGCUAAAAAAAAUAAAAAUAAAUAAAUACUUUGUACAGCAACGUUUUACAUUGUUUAUGCACUCUAAGGUUGAUUAAACUGUGUUUUUCCCCUC